CCCAUUCCCAAAAAUAAUGUUUCUUCUUCUCCUUGCAGCAGUAUACCUGCUGCCUCCAUCCUCAUGCCUCGACUUCAUCUUCAACUCCUUCCCUGCCUCCGCCGCCACCAAUUUCACCUUCGUAAACCACGCCCGCAUCGACCCUCCCGUCAUCCGCUUCACCAACGACUCCGAGGACUACUCAAUCGGCCGCGCCUUCCUCCCUUUCACAAUCCCUUUCCGUCCUCUCAAUUCCACCAGCACCAACCUCACCACCUCCUUCUCCACCCAAUUCGUCUUCUCUAUUUUGCCCCAAAUCGCUGACAGCCCCGGCUUCGGCCUCGCCUUCGUCCUCUCCAACACCACCACCCCUCCCCGCGUCGUCAACGGCCAGUACUUCGGCGUCUUCUCCUCGCCUCCCCGCACCGUCGCGCCGCUCGUCGCCGUCGAAUUCGACACCGGCCGGAACACGGAGUUCAACGAGGACAACGGGAACCACGUCGGCGUCGAUUUGAACAGCGUUUUGUCCGAGACUACGCGAUUGGCUGGGUAUUACGAUUCUGCCUCCCAAUUUGUGGAGCUUGAUAUGAGAAAUGGGCAGAAUAUUCACGCUUGGAUUGAAUUUGACGGACCGGGAAAUGAAAUCAAUGUCACAAUUGCGCCAGUUGGAAUUCCCCGCCCGGCUAGGGUUUUGCUCAAUUACAAGAGUUCCGCGAUUUCGGAUUACAUCGCGCCGGAGAUGUUUGUAGGGUUUUCGGCUUCGAAAACGGAGUGGGUUGAGGUGCAGAGGCUGUUAGCUUGGAGUUUUAGUGAUGAAGGAAUCGCUAGGGAUAUCAACACCACCGGUUUGCCGGUUUUCCGGCCAGUUAACUUGGGGGGAUCUUCGCUGUCUAAAGGGGCAGUUGCCGGGAUCGCGGUGGGGUGUGUGGCAGCGGUGGUGGCUGCAGCAUUGUUGGUUUCUUGGAUUUGGUGGAAGAAGAGGGGAAAUUUGGAUGAAGAAGAUGAAAUUGAGGAUUGGGAGAUGGAGUAUUGGCCCCAUAAGUAUUCUUACGAGGAGCUCAGUGUGGCUACCAAGCAGUUUUCGAGCAAGGAACUCCUCGGAUCGGGUGGUUUUGGGAAGGUUUACAAAGCUACAUUGGGUGGAGACAACAUGGAGAUGGCAGUGAAGUGUGUGAACCAUGACUCGAAGCAGGGGUUGAGGGAGUUCAUGGCUGAGAUAUCAAGCAUCGGGAGGCUGCAGCACAAGAAUCUAGUGCAGUUGAAGGGGUGGUGUAGAAAGGGGAAUGAGCUAAUGCUUGUGUAUGACUUCAUGCCUAAUGGAAGCCUCAAUAAUUGGAUCUUUGACAAGCCGAAGAAGUUGUUGAGUUGGGAGGGGAGGAAGAGGGUUCUUGCAGAUGUUGCCGAAGGUUUAAGCUACCUUCAUCAUGGUUGGGAUCAGGUGGUGGUUCACAGAGACAUUAAGUCGAGCAACGUGUUGCUAGACAAUGAUCUGCGUGGGAGGCUAAGCGAUUUUGGAUUAGCGAAGCUGUACACUCAUGGUCAGGUGCCUAGCACGACACGGGUUGUGGGGACGUUGGGGUACUUGGCACCCGAGGUGGUGACAUUGGCUUCCCCGACUGCAGCUAGUGAUGUUUAUAGCUUUGGUAUUGUGGUCUUGGAGGUGGCGUGUGGGCGGAAGCCCAUUGAGACGAGGGUGGAGGACGAGGAUCAGGAGGUGUUGAUAGAAUGGGUAAGGCAUAAAUAUGUCGAAGGGAGGAUCUUGGAGGUGGCAGACGUGAGGAUUAAGGGAGAGUAUGAGGUGGGGGAGAUGGAGGCUGUGUUGAAGCUGGGUUUGUCGUGUUGUCACCCUGAUCCUAACCGGAGGCCUACUAUGAAGGAAGUGACAGCGAUUUUGUUGGGUGAACGCGUGGAAAUGGAGCCAAGGGAUAUGCUGUCGGGAUUGACUCCGGUGCAGAGCAUCAUUGAUAGAGAUGAAGAUGGAAAUGAGCAAGAAAAAGGGUUCCUGGCUCAAGAUGAGGGUGAUGGCCGUUAUAGCCGCGAAUAUGAUUGCCAUGGCAAAGGAGCAAACAAGCAGGAGAUCAGUUUGUGAGGAGGGAUUCUUCUGAAUUGCUGCCGGUGUUAUAACAAAAUGGUUGAAAACAACAAGAGAGACGAGAAACAUGACUGACGAAACGGCUGUGACAGCAGCCAUCCAUGCUAAUCUUUCAGGUCCAUGAACUGCAUAAGUGGUGCCUGCAGUGCUAAAAGUCGUUGUUUGUGCUUCAGGAACGUCGUUGAGCACGUCUCUUAGUGUCGUUCCAAUUUGGUUUUCCCUAGUGACGAAUACACUGAGUUUUGUGUGAAAUUGUUUGAUAUCUAACAGCAGAGGGAGUAUUGGAUCCAGUAAGCAUAAAUCUUGUGACUUCUUUAUAGUGUAUAUGAGAUGUAUUCUAUCUGGAUAUGCAUUUCUGCCACUGCUCGUGCUACAGCUUAAUUCGCGAAGGAUGCUGAGAAACGGUGUCACCCCAAUCCCUCCAGCAACCAAGAGCCCGUAUGGACCUUCGACUGCAACUGGGAUGCAUCCCCUUUGAUCAUCUUCCAAAUCUUGUUCUUCAGCAUGAGUGAUCUUGCUGUGGAGGGAACUAGUCCAUUGCCCCUCGCUCUUUACGAUAACUGAGAUGCUGUGCUCGUCUACGCUUGAGCUAGAAGUUAUGCUGAACGGAUGCCAUUGCAGCUUGGAAAUGCUCGGUAUAUUGAGGAAGACGACACUGGUUGGUGCAUAUUUCAACCCUGCAGCAAUCAGUUCUAUUGCUUUGCAGGGAAACACUCGAGCAGAGAGAAUGCACGUCUCUGGCCUUGACUGCACUACACGGAGGAGCUUAUCCAAGGCGAAGAGGAAGACUCCGGGGAACACUGUGUAGAAGUGGCGGUCUCCACCGUGGAAGAGGAAGAAUAGAAUGAAGACUACAUAGAGAUGAUGAGUGUAGUAAAAAACUUGAAACCAUUUUCUUCUAAUCUGUGGAAGUGCUGUGAGAGCCAUUACAAAAGCCGUGGCUAGAGCAAUUUCUCCAGCAAGACGAAGAGGGUGCCUCCGCCAUGUAAAGUGGCGAAGAGUAUCAUUGCAGAACCGAGCCAGACAUGGUACCUGAUCGAAGCCUCAAAUUGGAUACCAAGAAACCGGAAUAUGGACAUUCCUCGUAGCACGGGAAGAAGCAGCAGAGCGAGGCAGGCUUCUGAUAACAAGCCACAGCGCGUCGCCAUUCUGAAGAGCUUAUAUUGCCAUCUGAAACCAGGAAGAUUUUGACAAGCACCUAUCUUCUUCUACAUACAUGCACAUCUGCUGGAGACCAAAUCGCAUCCAUUAGAUCAAAAAAUGGAUGGAUCAAGUUUUGAUAUAGCACUUUUAGAUUUUGAAAACACGGGGGUCUUUUUUAGAUCAUACAAGGGUUGGGGUAAACACAAUCAUUUUAUCAACAGCAAUCCGUUGAUAGAGGCUAUUGCCAACAUAUUUCCAAGAGCUACUUGUGGUAAAAUUCAAUUUUUGUAGUUAUUAUUAUUAUUUUUAUAUCUAAUUACUUAGUACAUGAAAUAUGUGUGUUUCAUAUGAUUCUUCAAGUAGUGGAAUAGUAGAUAAUUGAGUGUGGAAGUCGCCUAAAAGAUUGUUGAUGAUGACUUAAAUCUAUAAGAAAUUCCAUGUGAAGAGAGAGAAGAAAGAAGUUGAAAAGCUUUGUUACACAUGCAAGAAGUGGUCUACUUGUGCCUUUUGGAGUGAACUUCUUUAUGCAAAUUGCUUCUUGAGUAAAAUCUCCAGCUAUCAUAUAUAGGAGUAUAAUGAAUUUUGAUGUUGGGUGGUUAUGCCAAGUAUAAUGCGUUUGUGCAUUGACGAAUCAGUCCAGAUCGAAUUCCGAAGAGAGUUAUGAUUGAUAAAUGAAGACUGCAUGCAGUCGAGCAACAUCAGCCGAUCAUCACGAAGCGGGAUCAGUUGGUUUGCGCAUGAUCAGUUGGGGUUGGCGUGAAGCCCAACUUUUUUCCCAUUUAAGAUAUAGUACUACCUUGGUAUGAUUCGAUUCAUAUCAUAUCUUAUCAUCCUCCACACUGUAAAUAUGUAUAUUUUGACACCAAAAAUAUAUGUUCAAGAAUUUAUACUUUGUCUAGAUUA